GCAAGAAGUACAAAUAUUCGGAUCGGGAUCGGACUUCUGUGUCACUUUGCAGCCGCUUGUAUAGUACCGAGAAGUAGAACAUUUUUCAGGCAUGGAGUAUGUGACAGUGAAGAACAAGAGAACUACACUUGAGAGAGCAGACAAAUUUAUUUCUCCUAUAUAUUUCAAAGAUGUAAACCUCAGAGGAAGAUUGUAUAGGGACCACCAUGCAUUGAAAUCACUGACCCACUUUGCAGCUCCGGGCAGAAUAACUUAUUCACAGGCCAUUAAAGGAAAGUUCUUAAAGACAGAAGUUGGACAAUCAUUUGGACCAACAUGGGCCACCCACUGGUUUCACCUUGAGAUAGAUGUCCCAGACAAACUGCAGAAGGAGGAAGUUCAUCUCCUGUGGAACUCCAACACAGAGGCCUUAGUGUGGCAGGAUGGAAACCCGGUCCAGGGCCUUAGUGGGGACUAUGAGAGAAUUUCUUUCCCUCUCUCUAAAGCUAUGGGAAAGGAUCAGACAAAAUGCUCCCUGUACAUUGAGAUGGCAUGUAAUGGUGUGCUAGGAGUCGGGAAGGACAGUAUGAUUGGUGCCCCGGACAUGAACAAGUUCUUUACCUUGAGUCAGGCCGAGAUAGCUGUGUUUGAUAGAGAGGCUUAUGACCUCAUUCUAGACGUGGAGACCCUCCAUGAUAUGGCAAAGCACAUGACAGAAGAAAAUGAGAGAGGAUACCAAGCACUCUAUACAAUGAAUCAGCUGAUUAACACCAUAGAUCUGAACGACAGGUCCACGUACGCAAAAGCCCAUCAGAUAGCUGAAAGGUUUUUCCAGCAGCGAAAUGGUCAGAGUCAGCAUGUAAUUUAUGCGAUGGGACACGCCCACAUGGACACUGCUUGGUUAUGGCCGUAUGCAGAGACAGUCCGGAAAUGUGCCAGGAGUUGGUCCUGUACGAUCCGACUGAUGGAGCAGUUCCCCGACUUCAACUUCACCUGUUCACAGGCCCAGCAGUAUGAGUGGGUGAAACAGAACUACCCCGGACUGUACACUCAGAUUAAGGACUUUGUCAAGAGAGGCCGGUUCAUUCCCGUCGGGGGCACCUGGGUGGAAAUGGAUGGAAAUUUGCCGAGCGGUGAGGCUUUUGUUCGUCAGUUUCUCUAUGGACAGCGAUACUUCAUGCAGGAGUUCAACAAAAAGUGUACAGAGUUUUGGUUACCGGAUACAUUUGGAUACUCUCCCCAGUUGCCCCAGAUCAUGCGGAUCUCUGGGAUAUCCAGAUUCCUGACCCAGAAACUGAGCUGGAGCCUGGUCAAUAAAUUCCCUCACCACACGUUUUGGUGGGAGGGCAUCGACGGCUCCAGUGUUCUGUCACAUUUUCCUCCUGGGGAUAGUUAUCACAUGACAGGAAAAGUGGAGGAGGUGCUACGUACAAUAAAGAAUUUCAAAGACAAGGGGCGUUCUGGCAGAAGUGUUUACUUGUUUGGUUACGGGGAUGGUGGAAAUGGCCCGUCAGAGGAGAUGCUGCAUAGGAUGAAGAGACUAAAGGAUGUAGAUGGUCUGCCUAAAGUACAACAGAAAACACCGCAGGAUUUCUUCUCCGACAUUGAGAGAGAGGAUACUGGGAGUUUAUGUCGCUGGAGAGGAGAACUUUAUCUAGAGCUGCACAACGGCACCUACACAACGCACGCCAAAGUGAAGAAAAUGAAUCGCUUCUGUGAGUUUCGUCUCCAUGACGUAGAUUUUCUAUCGUCUGUUGCUAACAUUUUGUCCGUCCAAAACAAAGGUUCCUACAAAUUCCCGACAGAAGAGCUCCUGAGGCUGUGGAAACUUCUGCUCCUUAAUCAGUUCCAUGAUGUACUACCAGGCACCUCCAUAGAAAUGGUUUAUGAAGAUGCCCACCAGCACUACAAAGACAUUGUUACCAGUUGCCAACAGCUUUAUUCUGAUGCACUGACCAGUAUCCUAGGAGGAUCAGCUAAAUCUGACCCUGUCACCAUGGUAAUGAACUGCAUGGGGUGGCAGAGACAGGAAGUUGUUACUAUAGAUACCCCAAGUGGUAAUCCAGCCAAGAAACAGAGGAAAUCGGAGGAGGUGGUCCAACAAGACAGCAAGGGAAACAUACUAGCCAUGGUAACAGUGCCAAGUUAUGGAUACGCAAUAAUGAAACCACUCAAGUGUGACAACCCUUGCUCCAUCGAAACGAAAUCGGACGGCCCUUAUGUCCUGCGGAAUGAGUUUGUCACCGCCGAAAUUGACCAUCUAGGAAGGAUAACUGCCUUAACAUUGAAGGGAGGAGAGAGGAAUGCGAUGAGUUCUGAACCUGGUUGCUAUGGUAACCAGUUUGUGCUGUAUGAUGACAUCCCUCUGUAUUGGGAUGCCUGGGAUGUGAUGGAUUAUCACCAGGAGACCAGGAAACCGCUUGCAAUUGCUGUCAGUCCAGCGAAGGUUCUGGACAGAGGUCCUCUGAGAGUGUCAUUGGUCGUCCAGCUGAAAGUCAGUGACCAGAGCUAUGUGGAACAGGUCAUCAGUCUGGACGCGGGCAGUCCUUACAUCAGAUGUCAAACGAAGGUGGAGUGGCAUGAAAACAGGAAAUUCCUUAAAGUGGAGUUCCCAACCUCUGUGCACUCAAUGAGCGCCACCUAUGAUAUUCAGUUUGGUCAUUACCAGAGAACCAAUCACAACAACACAUCCUGGGACUGGGCACAGUUUGAGGUGUUCGGACAUAAAUGGGCAGCCCUCUCCGAGCACAACUAUGGAGUGGCUAUAUUGAAUGACAGCAAAUAUGGCUAUUCAACCAGAGAUGGUGUGAUGCGACUGUCCUUGUUGAGGUCCCCUAAAGCUCCAGACGUGAACGCUGACAUGGGAACACACACGUUUACUUAUGCAGUCAUGCCAUUCCAAGGUACCUUUCAGUCUGCUGGUGUGAUCCAGGCAGCUUAUGAACUGAACAAUCCCCUGGAUGUCCACUCUGUUAACCCUCCCAAAGGUUCCCCAGAGGCCAUGAGUUUCUUUUCUGUGGACAAUCCACAGGUUAUAUUAGAAACUAUCAAAAAGAGUGAGGACAGCGAUAAUGACCUCGUACUGCGACUAUAUGAAUGUUUUGGAGGUCACACCAUGGCAACACUGACUCUCAAACUUCCCUUCAAAAAAGUUCAAAGGUGCAAUGGUUUGGAGGAAAUUCUGGAGGAUGGAAUGACCUCUGACCUUGAGGUGAAAGGCAGCAAUAUUAGUUUACGUUUCAGUCCCUUCCAGAUCAUCAGCCUUCGGUUAAAAUUCUAAUGGAGAACAUUUCUUGUUUUUUUUUAGUAAAGAUCCUGUGGUGCUAACAGGUUCUAUGUGAAAUGUGUGUAUGAUUUUGUGAUUAAACAAUCAGCACACUUAUGUGAUCAGUAUAUAAGAUUACAGACACGUGUGAUUACAGGUGAUUAAGUUUUUAACACACCCUGGUGGUCAGUGAAUGAGAUACAUUUACAUUUAAAUUCAAAUCUUUAUCAGUACCAAGAGAUAAGUUGAUUUAUUUUUCAGCUCCAGAAUUUUGUUUUCAUGUCAUCAAUUUCGAAAUGAAAUGCAUAUAUUUUUGAAAUGUUCAAAAAAGUGAAUUUUUUAUGUGAAGGGAAUUAAACAGUGAACCCAUCUCUCCUGAGCCAAGAGCCUUACCACUAACUUUUUCUGAUUAUAAUCUUCACAUUUCGGCCUGAAUACAGUGUUGCUGUUUUCAGAUUUUGGAUAAGGGAAAAAAUAUCUACUAGGUGUGUGUUUAAUUAUGGAUAAAUGGCAGCUAUAUACAGUCAUACCUCAUUAUCUCGCACUCGAUGGGACCAAGAAAAAACUUUACGAUAUUCAAGCAUUGAAGAUGAGGUUAAAUUACUUAAAGAAAAUGUAGUUUGGACUUUCAACUCACUUCAACAUAUCCAUGAUACAUGCAUUUGAGAUAUUGAUAUUCGAGAUACUGAAGUUAAAUUGUAUAAUGGUUACAUGAUAUGAAUAAAUAUGUGAUUAUACACACAGAAUGCAAUAUAAUUUUUAUAUUUCAUUGCUACCUAUAAUCCCCAACUGAUACUUACAAACUUCUAUAUGAAGUUUCUUUUUUUUUUUCUUUUUCAUGUCGUAUUGAUGAUGACAUGUAUUUUGACUUUUUCCUGUCUUUUUUUAUUUUGUUUAUGAUUACUUCAUGUUUUUUAUGCCCUGAAGGACUUAAAAAAUAGGUUUAAUAAAAUCUUAUGAUUUUGUCCAAUCACUUUUUUGAUCUGAAAUGAAGUGUAAACUUUGAUUUAUGUAGGGCUGGGAUUACCAGUGUAUUGCAAUAUAAUAUUGCAUUACAGUAAAACACGCUUAUAGUGAAGUGCUGGGGACAAACAAUUACAGUAAAACACACUUAUAGUGAAGUGCUGGGGACAAACAAUUACAGUAAAACACACUUAUAGUGAAGUGCUGGGGACAAACAAUUACAGUAAAAUACACUUAUAGUGAAGUGCAGAGGACAAACAAUUACAGUAAAACACACUUACAGUGAAGUGCAGAGGACAAACAAUUACAGUAAAACACACUUAUAGUGAAGUGCUGGGGACAAACAAUUACAGUAAAACACACUUAUAGUGAAGUGCUGGGGACAAACAAUUACAGUAAAACACACUUAUAGUGAAGUGCUGGGGACAAACAAUUACAGUAAAAUACACUUAUAGUGAAGUGCAGAGGACAAACAAUUACAGUAAAACACACUUAUAGUGAAGUGCUGGGGACAAACAAUUACAGUAAAACACACUUAUAGUGAAGUGCUGGGGACAAACAAUUACAGUAAAACACACUUAUAGUGAAGUGCAGAGGACAAACAAUUACAGUAAAACACACUUAUAGUGAAGUGCUGGGGACAAACAAUUACAGUAAAACACACUUAUAGUGAAGUGCUGGGGACAAACAAUUACAGUAAAACAUGCUUAUAGUGAAGUGCUGGGGGGGGGACAAACAUUUACAGUAAAACACACGUAUAGUGAAGUGCUGGGGGGGACAAACAUUUACAGUAAAACACACUUAUAGUGAAGAGCUGGGGGACAAACAUUUACAGUAAAACACACUUAUAGUGAAGUGCUUUGGUGAACAGUUUUGAUUCAGUAUUAACAUACUUCCUUGUAUUAAUAAUGUUUUAAAACUAGAAAAUGAAAAUCACCACUGUAAGCAUGAAUUCAUUAUAAACAUGUAUGCUGUACCCAUGUUUUACUGUAUUUAGAAUGCCAAAAUUAUCUUAGAAAUAAGAAAGUAUCUACUUUUGAACAAGAAAGUAUCUACUUUUGAACAUCUAACUUUUCCUUUCCCAUCAGAAUAUAAAAAAAAAAUAGAACGGUGACAGAAUUUCAAUUAUAAAUGGUAAAAUUUUGUUUGAAAACUGUCAAAGAAAAAGAGGAAGAAAGAUUCUUUAGAUAGAUAGAUGGAUAGAGAGAGGUGGAUGGAUAGAUAGAGAGAUAGAAAGAUACAUGUAUGUUAUAAUCUCUUAGAAUUUCAAGGGAAAAUAUUGGAAUGACAAUAAAGACAUGACAAUUUUUUUUUGGAUAAUAUUGCAUACACAGGAACUUUAAUGCCCAUCCCUAGAUCUACAAGUUUACUGGUAUAUAUAUAUAGCUGAGUUUGUAAUGAUCCCAGAAAACUGAUAAGCCCAGCAUGAUUAUUGUUAAUUCUUAUUUGUACAGAUCUUUGAAAAUUAUUUUUAGAAUAAUGUAAGGGUGUUGGAAAACAUUGAGGCUUCUACAAUUGCAUGUAUACGUGUUUUUCUUAUUGAAUUUGUUUAUUUCUUUAAAGUACUAAAAUUUACAACCAUCAUCAAUAUCUGUUUUUAAUGCAUUUUGUAUUUCUAUAUAUGAACAUUUUUUAUGCAAUAAAUCUAUACAUUAUGUGA